AUGGCAAUCGUAGACAGUAAGGAAUUCGUUGCUGCUGUAGAGAAAUUCAAGUAUCUUCGUGCGCGAUUUGAUCAAAGACAGGUACUCAAGCAUGAAUUUGAGCUUUUAAUUCGGUUUGAGGAGGAAACCUACGAUCUAUGGGGUCUCUAUCAACAGGCUGUGGUUGGCAAUAUAAACGUACCAAAGCUUGAUUACUUUGACCCAGUCGAAAAGUCCUGGAUGUGGGGAUGGAUCAAAGGAAACAUGAAAUGGCAUGCAUGGAACCGUUGUGUGGGAAUGACCAGGGAUGAAGCCGCAAAAGCGUAUAUUGAUGGAGUACACUCACUGGAAAAACGACUCCCUGACCUCAUCGAAGAAUGGAAAGAUGACCAGGAUCCCCGUAUUCCCGACAGGAACCGCUACGUUCCCGAAGAGGAACGUGAAGAGAUUGAGCGCAUCACGAGGGAAGCAAAAGCUGCAAGGCGUGAAAGGGACGCUAUCAGACGAGAAGAAGAGGAAGCAUUGGGAAUGUGGGAUGAGUAA